CCUCUCUCCUCUUCCAAACGUAAUCCACUGCACAGCAAACGAACUGUCUGUGCCAUUGUUUUCGUUUGUCUGUGAGCUCUUCUUUCUCUGAACUGGUGGUCGCCUCUGUCACUGGUGGUGAUCGAGUGUGUAUGGCGGCGACGAUGAACGCCGUGGAAGCUAACAGAUACGACGGCAGCGACGAUGCGGGCCUGGGGUGGACAUGGAAGGAUAUUUUCGGCCCGAGUCCCACUAACACGCCUGCUGUGCUUGAAGAGUGUGCGGUAGCGCCGGAGGUAGGGAUGCAAGAUGAUGAAGACACGACAGAGAAUAUACUACGGAGGGAAGGAGUUGAACACGCUCCGGCUGCCAUGCAAGGCGAUGAAGGGGCAUCGGAUGGUAACACUGUGGAGGCUGAGCAAGAUGCAUAUGCACAGGAAGACGAGCAAGAAGAUGUUAGUGUGGUUGCUCCGGUAGUGGGCAUGAAGUUUGAAAGCACAGACGCGGUGUAUGAGUUUUACAAAAAAUAUGGUAGGACUGUAGGAUUCCCGGUUAGAAAAAGAACAUCUACUAAGGAUAGAUCCAAGGGUGUUGUGGUGUCAAUAGUGAUAGAGUGUUCACGGGCGGGAAGUAGAGGUAGCAAGGCACUAAAUUGUUUGAAACCUCAACCUUCAAUGCAAACAUCUUGUACGGCA